UAACCAAAAGAAAAAUAAGGACAAAAAAUAAGAAAGCCGCUUUGUCAACAAAAUUUGACACUGUUGUACACGAUUUAUGACCAUAAGCACCGGCGUAACAAGAGAAAACUCUCCCUUCGGCCGCCACAAAAUGGAAGAGAACGAUCAACCCUCCGCCCAAGAUCCCGCCGCCGACGCCGAAAACCUCGAACGCAAGCACGCGGCGAUGCUGGAGCGUCUCUCCAACCGCCACCAGUCUCGCCUCUCUGGGAAAACCGAUCCCAACUCCGCAACCUCAUUCGAAUCCACCCAAUUGUUCCUCUCCCAAUUCUCACAAUCCAAGCUUUCCAUCGGAUCCCAACUCUCCCGCAUCCGGAAGCAGCCCGACCCUACCCACAAAGCUGACCUGGAGGCAAUCUCUUUGGAUAUCUCUGCCCUGGAGAAGCUCGUCGCAGAGAACUCCUACUUCUUGCCGCCCUACGAAGUCCGCACUUGCCUCAAUACCGUCGUGCAUCUCAGACAAUCGCUUGAUGAAGUAACCUCCCUCGUCAUUCCCAAGAAGAAAUUCUCCUUCAAGAAUAAGCCCACCAAGAAAAACUCCACAGCUGUAGCUGAAAAAGAUGCAGUCCUUCGUGAACCCGAGAAAGAGCUGAAUGUGGGAUCGGAAAAGCUUGGGUUUAGGGAUUUGAGUACUGCUCCCGGGUUCAGAGACAGAAAGAACGAUGUAUUAGUGAAGGAAUUUAGCAUAAACGAGUUGGAGGGUGGCCAAAAUGGAGAAUUCACGUUAUCAAACUUGAGGGAUUGUGAAGUUAGACUGAAGGGGCGUUUAAGGGCAUUGUUUAUGGAUAAGCUGAUAAAUUGUAAAGUUUAUGUUGGGGCAGUCACUGGUUCGGUUUUGAUCGAGGGAGCAGAAGGGUGUGUUUUCGUGUUGGCGUCCCACCAAAUCAGAAUUCACAAUGCUAAAAAUUGUGACUUUUAUCUUCGAGUGAGGAGUAGACCUAUAAUUGAGGAUAGUAAUGGGGUUAGGUUUGCUCCAUAUUGUUUGAGUUACCAAGGAAUAGAGAAGGACCUCGCAGAGGCAAAUCUUGGCGAGGAGACUGGGAAUUGGGCGAAUGUGGAUGAUUUUCGCUGGUUAAGGGCAGUUCAAUCUCCGAAUUGGUCUGUUUUACCAGAAUGCGAGCGUAUGGGGAUGGUUGAUGUUUCUAAUGUGGGAAUUUCUGAUUGACGAUGAUGAGAGCUUGGUGUUUUUGAGACUUUUCAAAAGAGACCUCAAUAUAGAUGCUUUGACUCGAGACUCUACUUAGGAAGUUAAAGAAGAAUCCUUAUGAUGUCUGGGAAGCCGAGGGUCAACCACUUUGAAUUAAUUAUGGAGCCUAGUUCUGCGCCAACAUUUGCUUCUUGGAGACCAGCUUUACGAAGCAGCUUAAAGUAUGAGAAAUUCAGUUGUAUGAUGACCACAUUCACAAUUUUUAUGUUUUUCUGCAUGUUAAAAACAACCAGGCUUUUCCAACAAUUUCGCCUUCUGUAUCUUAAAUUAAUUGGAACCUCCGAUUUUUCCUUGGAUGUUUGUAUAUUGGGGAAUUGUCGGAGAUGUAUUUGAAGGGUCCUAAUAACUGGGUGAUGUACUUGAUUCCUAUAUGUCCUGCAGUCGGCAAAUUAAAUUUACUGCAAUUUGAUUGUGUCUGAGCACAUGGUGUGCAAUUGGUGAACAAAGUCAUUUAUUCAAUGCAAAAAGUUCAGUUCUUCUUCUUCUAUCUCUCUCUCUCUCAUUCUAGGACUGAAAGAUUUUUGUUUACAUUAUUCGGGAUGGCUUAUCUUCUGAGACGUGACCUUCCUUAUGCUUAGUGUGUUCAUUAUGUAUGUUUGAAAUGAGUUCCUAUGUAUUUCUAGUUGCUACUCAUAAU